AUGCCUCCAAAAGCCGUUUCUAAAAAGAAACAUGCCCUCCCAACCUUCAACAUCCAGGCUUUCCCGACUCCCGCCCUCGAGUCAAUAGACCUCCGCAUGUCCUACCGCAUCGCCCGCGGUGAGCAGGGAGUACUGACGUUCGAGCCCUACAAAUCUUUCUUACUGCCGCAUUGGCGCUUCGCUACUCUGCCUGUCGCCCAUCAAAGCUCCAGCAACUUGAACCAAGCAUUCGACCACUAUGUCAAAGCGGGAGACCUUGUGGGCGCGGACAUGGCGCGGAAGUUCAUCCAAAUGGGGAUGACGCGCGCCAAACGCUACGCAAAUCACAAGGGCGGACGGAAGUACGAUAAAUCCGUCCGCGAACAGGAACGCAACGGUGGGGAGCGGACGGAGCUUGCGAAGAGUGACGGGCAUGAAGGUCGGGAUGAGAAGCUGGAGGUUAGCGAGCACUUCAAGGGGAUAUGGAGGCAGUGCACGAGCGAUGAGGGAUAUCUGGCGCUGAAGGAGGAGUUUCAGCGGGAGCAGAAGGAGUGGGACAAGGCGACGAAGAAGCUCAAGAAGGAGGUCAAGAGUGAAGAGGAUGGGGAUGAAUCAAACAUCAAGGGUGAAGUAAAGCGAGAGGACGAUGGCGACGGCUGA